GCCCGGGGCGGGCGUUCCGAGCCGCGUCAGUUCCGCUUGUGUUGCGCUGCGGAGGAGCCACGCGCGGAGCAGGACAAUGCCUAAAUCAAAGGAACUUGUAUCUUCAAGCUCAUCUGCCAGUGAUUCAGAUAGUGAAGUUGACAAAAAGGCAAAGCGGAAAAAGCAAGUAACUCCAGAAAAGACUGUAAAGAAACAAAAGACUGGUGAAAGUUCAAAAGGUGCAGCUUCUUCUAAGCAAAGCAGUAACAGAGAUGAGAAUAUGUUUCAGAUUGGCAAAAUGAGGUAUGUCAGUGUUCGAGAUUUUAAAGGGAAAGUCUUAAUUGAUAUUAGAGAAUACUGGAUGGAUCAAGAAGGUGAAAUGAAGCCUGGCAGAAAAGGUAUUUCUUUAAAUCCAGAACAGUGGAACCAGCUGAAGGAACAGAUUUCUGAUAUUGAUGAUGCAGUAAGAAAACUCUAAAGACAGAGCCAUACAAAAACUUAUAUCAUUUAGUUGUAUUAAGCAGUCUUUUUACAUUGGCUUUAGUUUUCUAAAAUAUUGUUUUCCAAGCUAUUGUAUAUUUGGAUUGCAAAACAAUUUGUAAGAUGAAUACUUUUUUUAUGUGCAUUAAAAGUGUAUUCUGAGUGAGGCUAUUUGUGUAUACUUUACUAAAAGGAAUUGUGUUGCUUUCACCCCAUGGUGUAAAAUAAACAAAUUAAGUAAUAUGUAAAGCAUA